AUGAUGUGGCUGUGUAGCCUACAGGUGGUUCAGAAGAGUCUUUAUGGCCUGCUGUUGCUGAAAGCCAAGGUACUACCGAAGCAGGAGGUGGAGACAGACUGAAUGAUCAUGGAUUUUCCAGGGCACUUUGAGCAAAUCUUUCAGCAGCUCAACUACCAGAGGCUUCAUGGCCAGCUUUGCGACUGUGUCAUCGUGGUGGGAAACAGGCAUUUCAAAGCCCAUCGCUCUGUUUUGGCAGCAUGUAGCACACAUUUCCGAGCCCUGUUUACUGUAGCAGAAGGAGAUCAGACUAUGAAUAUGAUUCAGCUGGACAGUGAAGUGGUGACAGCAGAAGCUUUUGCUGCUCUGAUAGACAUGAUGUAUACUUCCACACUAAUGCUUGGGGAGAGCAAUGUUAUGGAUGUCUUGCUGGCUGCUUCUCACUUACAUUUGAACUCUGUUGUUAAAGCAUGCAAACACUACCUUACUACUAGGACGCUGCCAAUGUCUCCACCAAGUGAUAGAGUACAAGAGCAAAAUGCACGCAUGCAGAGGUCUUUCAUGCUCCAGCAGCUUGGACUGAGCAUAGUGAGCUCUGCAUUAAAUUCCACUCAGAGCACAGAGGAACAACCAAAUGCUAUGAGCUCCUCAAUGAGAAGCAACAUUGAGCAGCGCACUACUUUUCCUAUCCGUCGUCUCCACAAACGUAAGCAGUCUUCUGAAGAUCGGGCCAGACAGCGCAUCAGGCCUACCAUGGAUGAGUCUGUUUCCGAUGCGACUGCAGAGAGUGGGCAGUCAGUAGUUCAUUCACGGGAAGAUUUCUUCUCUCCAGAUUCACUGAAGAUUGUGGACAACUCUAAGACCGAUGCUGUUGGUGAUAACCAGGAGGAUAGUACUAUUAUUUUUGAUCAGUCCUUCAGUGCUCAGGAAGAUGCUCAAGUGCCCAGCCAAUCUGACAACAGCGGAGGAAACAUUUCACAGAUGUCCAUGGCAUCCCAGGCAACACAGGUGGAAACCAGCUUUGACCAGGAGGCUGCUUCUGAGAAGAACAGCUUCCCAUGCGAGAAUCCAGAAGUCAGUCUGAACGAAAAAGAGCACAUGAGGGUGGUGGUGAAGUCUGAGCCCUUGAGUUCCCCAGAGCCUCAAGACGAGGUGAGCGAUGUCACCUCCCAAGCAGAGGGCAGCGAGUCUGUUGAAGUGGAAGGAGGAGUAGUGAGUGCAGAGAAGAUAGAACUGAGUCCCGAGAGCAGUGAUCGUAGCUUUUCUGACCCACAGUCCAGUACUGACAGGGUGGGAGACAUCCAUAUUAUGGAGGUGUCAAAUAACCUGGAACACAAGUCUACUUUCAGUAUCUCAAAUUUUCUGAAUAAAAGCAGAGGUGGUGGCUUCGGUGCUAGUCAAAACAGCGAUGACAACAUUCCAAAUACCACCAGUGACUGCAGAAUGGACAGUGAUGCCUCUUAUCUGAUGAGUCCAGAGUCAGGGCCUGCUGGUGGCCAUUCAUCUGCCACCGUCUCUCAUGUUGAGAAUCCGUUUAGUGAGCCUGCAGACUCUCAUUUUGUUAGACCAAUGCAGGAUGUGAUGGGUCUCCCCUGUGUACAGACUUCUGGGUACCGGGCGGCGGAACAGUUCGGCAUGGAUUUUCCGCGGUCGGGCUUGGGCUUGCACUCCUUGUCAAGGGCAAUGAUGGGCUCAGUAAGAGGUGGAGCUAGCAGCUUUCCUGGCUACCGACGCAUAGCCCCCAAAAUGCCUGUGGUGACCUCAGUCAGGAGCUCCCAGCUGCAAGAUAACUCAUCCAGUUCCCAGCUGAUCAUGAAUGGGACCACUUCUUUUGAAAACGGGCAUCCGUCGCAACCUGGUCCACCACAGCUGACAAGGGCAUCUGCAGAUGUCCUUUCAAAAUGCAAGAAGGCCUUAUCUGAGCACAACGUCUUGGUUGUAGAAGGUGCACGCAAGUAUGCAUGCAAGAUCUGCUGCAAGACGUUUUUGACCUUGACAGACUGCAAGAAACACAUCCGUGUGCACACAGGAGAAAAGCCUUAUGCCUGCCUGAAGUGCGGCAAACGGUUCAGCCAGUCCAGCCACCUGUAUAAACACUCCAAGACGACCUGCCUGAGGUGGCAGAGCAGCAAUCUGCCUAGCACUUUGCUUUAA